GAAAGAACCAAUCAGAUCGCAGGAUUUCGCACUAACAACAAACAAAAGAUCGGGCUUCCCUCUGCUGCUGUCAUUUUAUCUCUUUAACCCCAGUUAGUUUGUCUGAUCUGCUGCAUGUCGUCUUGAAAAUCAAGGAUCAACUUUCUGGAUGUCUGUUGUGUCUUUAUUAGCUGCCGUUUUGGUGUAUCGGUGUGAUUCAUAUUCUCUAGCGUCUUGCUAACUCUAUCAGUUCGCCUGUUUGUGGCUAAUCGCAGUUAGCCGACUGGCUAUCCGAUCCGAAUUAAACCAUCUAAAAUCUCAGCGGUGUCUGACAGUGGUCGCGUUUGCCACUGGACACAGUUAGAAAGCUGCCCAGCUAAAGAUAGCUGGCAAGCUGUUGGUAUUGAGGACAGAAAUCGGAUCGCGAUGUCAGGACCGUCAUCGGGCUGUGGGUUUCUAAUGUCCGUUGUCGUCCACGGAGACUUGGCUCUCAACGAGCAGGAAAAAGAGCUCAACCAGCGACUUAGACGCCUUUAUCCGGCCGUCAACGAACAGGAGACCCCUUUGCCCAGAUCUUGGAGCCCCAAAGACAAAUUCAGCUAUAUCGGCCUGUCUCAGAACAACCUCCGGGUGCAUUAUAAAGGUCAUGGAAAGACUCCAAAAGAUGCUGCAUCUGUCCGUGCAACACACCCUAUUCCAGCUGCCUGUGGGGUCUAUUACUUUGAGGUCAAAAUCAUCAGUAAAGGACGAGAUGGGUACAUGGGGAUUGGCCUAUCAGCUCAAGGUGUCAACAUGAACAGACUCCCAGGUUGGGAUAAACACUCAUAUGGCUACCAUGGGGACGACGGCCACUCUUUCUGCUCUUCUGGCACUGGGCAGCCUUAUGGUCCCACGUUUACAACAGGCGACGUGAUUGGCUGCUGUGUGAACCUUAUUAACAAUACCUGUUUCUACACAAAAAAUGGCCACAGUCUAGGGAUUGCUUUUACAGAUUUACCGCCCAACCUGUACCCCACAGUGGGUCUACAGACCCCAGGAGAGGUCGUGGAUGCCAACUUUGGGCAGCACCCAUUUGUCUUUGAUAUUGAGGAUUACAUGCGUGAAUGGAGAACCAAGAUUCAAACCCAGAUUGACCGCUUCCCCAUUGGGGAGAGAGAGGGAGAAUGGCAGGCCAUGAUUCAGAAAAUGGUGGCCUCAUAUCUGGUUCACCACAGCUACUGUGCCACCGCUGAAGCCUUCGCUAAAUCAACUGACCAGGCCGUACAUGAGGAACUUGCUUCUAUCAAAAACAGACAGAAGAUCCAGAAGCUGGUCCUGUCUGGCAGAAUGGGAGAGGCUAUAGAGACCACUCAACAACUUUACCCCAACCUGCUAGAGAUAAGCCCAGACCUUCUCUUCAUGUUGAAAGUCAGGCAGUUUAUUGAGAUGGUGAAUGGCACUGACAGUGAGGUCAGGUGUCUGGGUGGGAGGAGCCCUAAGUCACAGGAUAGUUACCCAGACUCCCCACGCCUCUUCAACAGCCCAGUUCACAAAGCCAGCAAUGCCCAGGCCUACCAGACAGGUUUUGAUAGUAAUUACUGUAAUGGAGUUUCAUCAAGUAAAGGUCACACCGCAGCUCAUAGUCACAAGCCGUGUCCCACUGCCCUGCCGAGCACCGAUCUUGGGGUCCUGAAUGGCAGUCGGGGCCAGCAGACCAGCGUGGGCACUGAGGUGGAGAUGGAGGUUGAUCACUUCUCAAAUGGGGUGUCUGAAUCCUCUUCAAAUGGAUUUCUGAAUGGCAGCUCUACACCCGGGGCAGAGCUGGAGGACUGUGAUGCAGAUAUGGAGGUGGACAGCACACAAUCUAAGAGGCAGUUGUGCGGGGGGAGCCAGGCAGCCAUUGAGAGAAUGAUCCAGUUUGGUCGAGAGCUACAGAGCAUGAGCGAACACUUGCGGCGUGAACGGGGCAAGAAUUCGGCCAAUAAGAAGAUGCUGAAGGAUGCGUUCAGUUUGCUGGCAUAUUCAGAUCCAUGGAACAGCCCUGUGGGAUACCAGCUAGACUCCAUCCAGAGAGAGCCUGUCUGCUCCACCCUCAACAGUGCAAUAUUAGAGACUCAUAACCUGCCAAAGCAGCCUCCUUUGGCACUCGCCGUCGGCCAGGCAGCCCAGUGUCUGUCCAUCAUGGCUCGCACAGGCAGCGGAUCCUGCGCCUUUGCAUCAGUGGAUGAUUACCUGCACUAGCCCCAGGAGAAUCAUCCUCUCAAAAGAUUACAUGACCAUCCCAGACUCCCAAAAAACUGGGGCCAGCUUUGAAACCGUGGCCUGAUGAACUGAGCCUCCAUGUGGCCAAACCCAUCCUGGCUCUCUGAUAGACUGGAUCUUCUUCACCCAGGCCCAACCCGGCCUAAAGACACAUUGGGAGAAGAGGGAUCCUUCUAAAUCCCAAAUCAUUAUGGUCUUUAUUUUCCUUUUGUCUCUUUUAUUUUGGGGGGGAGGAGGUAUUGGGUGGGUGGGGGGGGUUCAGCAGGCUCUGAUUCUGUUUCCUUAUUUACAAGGCAUGAGGAAAAUUAUGACAAUGUUAUUAUCAGUAAACUUGCAUAUAAGAUAUAUUUGUUCUUGGUUGAAAGCUGGCAGAGUGAGAGGCCGAAUUACUAAGGUCCCAGUGCAGUAAAACCCUGCUAUUUUCAGGUCUCAGCUUGUGUACUUUACCAUUAAAAAUGAAAAAAUAUUGAAAUUAUAUUAACACAAGGAGUGGAACAUUUAGUUAUUUUAUAUUGAAAACCUAACACUGCUGGAGUCAUUCUUAGUGGUGGUACUUAGAAUAGAGCAUUAGUGUGAGCUGUAUGAGUUACGCCCUUAUUUGUGCAAGCGCACCCUCCCUCUGCCAACUGCACAGCAGGAUUGUUCACACACUUUGAUUUGUAAUUGUAUUGAUGUCUAUGGUCUUUUCAUCCACCUCAUCUUUUAAAGGUUCCUCCUAUUCAGUCAUUCUUUUGUCAUCGUUGCCUGCACUGUUUCUGUGCGGUUCGGACAGGAACGUGGUAAUAUAAGGUCAUAUCUAGUCCAGGAGAGGGCAAGCCUGCUCCAUUGUUUUAUCUCCUCCUGUUUAAGCCCUAAGAUCAUCAGUACUUUUAAAACAAGGAGAAUGGUACAGUAUUGUCAUCAACGCUGUCUUAUCAUUUUCAGUAAUAAAACAUAAAUACCCAGUUAAACAAGAUAUCAGGUCUGUGUUUCGGGCAAACGAGGAACUGGCUGUUGUUGUACAUUAGUGAUAGUAAAACCAGCGAGUUCCUGUGUUUUAAAUCAGGAUUACUUUGAAUCAUAGCCGUACUGAGUGGCUCUUGUAAUAUAAACCUUUGAAUUGUUUUAAAAGCUCUUUAAGUCAAUCAACUACACAUAUCAGUCCUUACCUUAGUUUACAUUUAUUGAAGUACAGUAAACAUUUGUAUACUAGAUACAAAUAAUUGUUUUAUCUUUUCAUUGAACAAAAAGUGUUCAUCUUAAACUGCUGUGCUUGUUUGAUGAGAAACCAUCACAGUGCAGAAAUAAAUCAUAUGAUUAUAUUGAACUGCAUAAAGAAAGUUUAAAAGGAGGGUUUUCGUGUUAAA